AUAUGUGAAAGAGGCCAAAGAAGCAACUAAGAAUGGAGAUCUGGAGGAAGCAUUUAAACUUUUCAAUUUAGCAAAGGACAUUUUUCCCAAUGAAAAGGUGAUGAGCAGAAUCCAAAAACUACAGGAAGCCUUGGAGGAGUUGGCAGAUGGAGAUGAUGAAUUCACAGAUGUGUGCAACUCUGGCCUGCUGCUGUAUCGAGAACUGCACAACCAACUAUUUGAGCACCAGAAGGAAGGUGUAGCUUUCCUAUAUAGCCUAUAUAGGGAUGGAAGAAAAGGCGGUAUCUUGGCAGAUGAUAUGGGAUUAGGGAAGACUGUUCAAAUCAUUGCUUUCCUUUCUGGUAUGUUUGAUGCUUCACUUGUCAAUCAUGUGCUGCUGAUCAUGCCAACAAGUCUUAUUAGCACAUGGGUAAAAGAAUUUGUCAAGUGGACUCCAGGAAUGAGAGUCAAAACCUUUCAUGGUCCUAGUAAGGAUGAACGUGCCAGAAACCUCAGUCGGAUUCAGCAAAGGAAUGGUGUAAUUAUCACUACAUACCAAAUGUUAAUCAAUAAUUGGCAGCAACUUUCAACCUUGAAUGGCCAAGAGUUUGUGUGGGACUAUGUCAUACUUGAUGAAGCACAUAAAAUAAAAUCUUCAUCUACUAAGUCAGCAAUAUGUGCUCGUGCUGUCCCUGCCAGUAAUCGCAUUCUCCUCACAGGAACCCCAAUCCAGAAUAAUUUGCAAGAACUGUGGUCCCUGUUUGAUUUUGCUUGUCAAGGGUCCCUGCUAGGAACAUUAAAAACUUUUAAAAUAGAGUAUGAAAAUCCUAUUACUAGAGCAAGAGAGAAGGAUGCUACUGCAGGGGAAAAAGCCUUGGGACUGAAAAUAUCUGAAAACCUAAUGGCAAUCAUAAAACCCUAUUUUCUCAGGAGGACUAAAGAAGAGGUACAGAAGAAAAAGUCAAGCAACUCAGAGGUCAGACUUAGUGAAAAGAAUCUAGAUGUUAAUGCCAGUUAUGAAAUGCCUUCCCUUUCCAGGAAAAAUGAUUUAAUUAUUUGGAUACGCCUUGUACCUUUACAAGAAGAAAUAUACAGGAAAUUCGUGUCUCUAGAUCAUAUCAAGGAGUUGUUAAUGGAGACACGCUCACCUUUGGCUGAGCUAGGUGUCUUAAAGAAGCUGUGUGAUCAUCCUAGGCUGCUCUCUGCAAGGGCUUGUCAUUUGCUGAAUCUAGGGGCUGUCAGAUUUUCUGCUCAAGAUGAAAAUGAAGGGGAAGAUUCCUCAGAUGUGGACCAUAUUCAUAUUGACCAAAUAACUGAUGAUACACUGAUGAAAGAAUCUGGAAAAAUGAUAUUUCUAAUGGACCUCCUUAACAGACUGCGAGAUGAGGGGCAUCAGACUCUGGUGUUUUCCCAGUCAAGACAAAUUCUAAACAUCAUUGAACGCCUUCUAAAGAAUAGACACUUUAAGAUACUGCGAAUUGAUGGAACAAUUACUCAUCUUGUGGAACGAGAAAAAAGAAUUAACUUAUUCCAGCAGAAUAAAGAUUACUCUGUCUUUCUGCUUACCACUCAAGUAGGUGGUGUUGGCUUAACAUUAACUGCAGCAACCAGAGUGGUCAUUUAUGACCCUAGCUGGAAUCCUGCAACUGAUGCUCAAGCUGUGGAUAGAGUUCACAGAAUUGGACAAAAAGAAAAUGUUGUGGUUUAUAGGUUAAUCACUUGUGGAACUGUAGAGGAAAAAAUAUACAGAAGACAGGUUUUCAAGGAGUCAUUAGUAAGACAAACUACUGGUGAUAAGAAGAACCCUUUCCGAUAUUUUAGUAAACAGGAAUUAAGAGAGCUCUUCACAAUCGAAGAUUUUCAGAACUCUGUAACCCAGUUGCAGCUUCAGUCUUUGCAUGCUGCUCAGAGGAGAUCUGAUAAGAAACUAGAUGAACAUAUUACCUACCUGCACACUUUGGGGAUAGCUGGAAUCUCAGACCAUGAUUUGAUGUACACACAUGAUCUAUCUGUUAAAGAAGAGCUUGAUGUGAUAGAAGAAUCUCACUAUAUUCAACAAAGGGUUCAGAAAGCUCAAUUCCUUGUUGAAUCUGAGUCUCAAAAUACAGAGCUCUUAAUGGAAAGACAAAGAAGUAGAAAUGAGGGGAUCUGGCUGAGAGAACCUGUAUUUCCUUCUCAAACAAAGGAGAAAUGCCCUCAAGUGAAUAAACCACAGCCUCAGCCCUCAUCUUUUCUAACUACUCAUUAUACCCAGGAAGAAGAAAUCAGUUCCCAAAUGGCAAGUGUAAUCAUUGAUGAUCUGCCUGAAGAGAGUGAGAAAUACUGUCUUUCCAGUGUAAAGACGAAUGUUACCAUUGUACAAGAUGGUAGGCACCCACAUGAAAGCACAUUUGAUGCUGACUUUAUAGCUAUGUUACCCAAGGGGUGUGGAAGUGUAGAAGAAAUUUGUACUGACUCUUUACACCAGUGUAAUCCCUGGCCCACUAAUCCUAUAACAGAUGAAAAUAAAAAUACAGAAUCAGAUGCAUCUGUUAUUAAAAUAGCUGAUGAUGUCUUGUCAGCAUCCCACAGUGCACUGAUGGAUGCUCACGCAAAUGAGGCCACGUUAGAAGAGGAACCUUUAGAAUCUUCACCACAGUAUGUGUGUGAUUUCAAUCUUUUCUUGGAAGACUCUGCAGACAAUGGACAAAAUCCUUCCAGUCAGUCUUUCGAGCAUGUUGAGAAAGAAAAUAGCUUGUGUGGCUCUGCAACUAAUUCUGGAGCAGAGUUUGUGCAUAGCAAAGCAGGUCUCAGUAUGGAUCUUUCUGAGAAAGAUGAUGAGUCAGAAGUAGUAGUUAAUUUGAGAGUCAGAUGUAAAACUAGAAGGAUCGUUUCAGAUGGUGAAGAUGAACAUGAUACUGUUAAAGAUACUUCAAGCACAAAUCCAUUCAGCACAUCUCCCUUUCAGUUCUUAUCUGUAAAACAGUUUGAUGCUUCAACUCCCAAAAAUGACAUCAGCCCACCUGGAAGGUUCUUUUCACCUAAAAUACCUGAUAGUAUAAAUAAGUCUGUAAACUCUAGAAGAUCCUUGGCUUCUAGGAGGUCUCUUAUUAAUGUGGUUUUAGACCAUGUGGAGGAUAUGGAGGAAAGACUUGAAUACAGCAGUGAAGCAAAGGUAGCUGAAGAUUCUCUGGAGGAAAGAGCCAAGGAAAGCAGUGGCGAAGCCUCAGAGGGUACAGAAGAGGAACCUUUCAGAGAAACAUUGUCUUCAGAAAGUAAGUCCAGUUGGUUAAGUACACCUAAGUCUGGUGCUGUAGCUCAGGAGACCUCUCCUGGUGACCCUGGGCCUUUGUCUAGUGGACAGUUGGUUGAUUCUCCUCAAGAUAAGGCAGUGGAGGCUGUGAAUGACUAUGAGACUCUUGUAAUGCGUGGAAAAGAAUUGAAAGAAUGUGGGAAAAUACAGGAGGCCUUAAACUGUUUAGUUAAAGCACUUGACAUAAAAAGUGCAGAUCCUGAAGUCAUGCUCAUGACUUUAAGUUUAUAUAAGCAACUUAAUACAACUUGAGAAUAUAACCUGUUUAUUGUAUUUUAAAGCAAAACUAAAUAUGAGAUAAUAUGUUAUGAUUGGGUUCUUUGGAAUUAUGGAGCAUUCAGGCUUCAGGUGAGAAAGAUCUCAAAAGGCAAGUUUUUGUUUCUAGCUUUUUUUAUAAAUUCUGCCUUUACCCCCUUCUCCUGCCCUCCCAAUACAUAUAUUCUGGUAUUCUUUUAGGCAUACUCUAUAAACUUCAUAGAACUAUAUUAUUUCUAGAAAUAUUUUUGUGAAAUUAUUCUGGCCAUUUUAAAUUUUAUUCUGAAAAUGAUCACUUUUGUGUAUCACAAUACAGAUAAGAUUAUUAAAGUUACUUUUCUCAA